AGGCCUGUACAAAGCAACCUACAGCAGCUGCAGAAAGCUUCUACAGGAAACAGCCUCAAGGAGUGGAUACUGGUGGAGACAAAAUGGUUUCUUGUGCCAGACGUCCUCUGUCGGCAAAGCCCAUUCAAACCACCAGAGAUAUCUGGCUCUCACUGAUUAAAGACUUGGAGGAGAGCAUUCCCAGCGGAGCCCAGGAGAGGAAGAAGAGACUGUCUACUGCCAGGCAACACAGACAUGAAUACUCCAGUGCCUCAGGCAGUGUCCUGAUUGCCGAUGUCCAGAUGCAGGGGCUGUUUGUGAGGCUGGAGAACUCUAGUCAGAGAGAGCGGGACAUCGGGGGAUUCCGUCUCCUGCAAAUUGUAGCAGGAUGUCCCAUUGCAGAAUUCCGCUUCCAUCCAAGAACUUUCCUCCAGUCAGCUAGCUCUGUUAUGGUAGGUCUAUGACAACGCAUGUCAGGUGUUAACACUUUGGUGAACAUUAUUAAAGAUAGUCUUUUAUUUUUUAUUUCAAAAACUUUCAGAUAGUUUAGGAUUUUCUUAUAGGCACUUUAUCUACUUCCAGGAAGGUGAGUCCUAGCUUUUUGGAAGCCCUGGCAAUUUGUAGUUUUUUUCAAUUGUAUACA